AUGGCCGCCACUGACCCUUCCUACUACCAGAGUGGUGUUUGCCAAUCCAUCACACAGAAGCAGCAUCUCUUCCACUUAUACAUGAACCAGAUUGCCGAAGGAACCCCAAAUGCCAACCAAAAAGUCAUUGUGAAUCCAGGUCUUCCUCUGGAUUUUGGUGUAACCGUUGCAAAUGACUGGACCAUAAGCGAUGGUCCAGCCGCCAAUGCAAACCCUAUCGCACGUGCUCGUGGCAUGCACAUGGGUGAUGGUAAAGCCGACGUAAACUGGUUAUUCUGUCACGAUAUAUUGUUUACUGAUACCAGGUUUAAGGGGUCCAGCCUUAAGGUUCUUGGAGACUUUGUAGCCAACAAAGAUAGUGAAUGGGCAAUUGUAGGUGGAACUGGAGAAUUUGCAUAUGCACAAGGUGUUGUCGUCGCCAAAGUAAUCCAAAAUAUACAACCUACUCCCGGGCGUACUUGGGAGCUUCGUAUCAGUGCUUUCUGUCUGUGCAUCCCCAACGUGACCCCAGUGAACAAGAUGGGACCUUGGGGAGCAGACGGAGGGACAUCGUUUGACAUCACAGAGCUGCCUCGUUCUCUUCAAACCGUGACAAUUCGAUGUGGAGACGUGAUUAACUCAAUUGGGUUUUCGUACACUGAUCAAGCUGGUCAGAAGAAAAUUGCUGGACCGUGGGGUGGUGAUGGUGCACUUAGUGUGGCGAUCAAGCUUGCUCCUUCCGAGUUCAUAAAGCAAGUUCUUGGAACAACUGAUGCAGUUGGAGGAGUGACUGUUGUUACAUCACUUACUUUGGUCAGCAGCAUCACGACAUAUGGGCCUUUUGGAAAAGCAAAUGGCGCUCCUUUUUGCAGCCAGGUUCCAGAUAGUAACACUAUUGGGGGGUUCUACGUGCGUGCUGGGGAGUCUGUUAAUGCACUUGGAGUUUACGCGUGCCCAAUUUAG